GCUUUAUUGCAAGCGGUGCAUCUUGUCAUCAUGACGGCGGCCUCCACGCUUCGUGUGGGCUUUAUUGGCGCGGGCAUCAUGGGGAAGAGCAUGUGUGGCCACAUUCUGAGUGGAGGGUAUCCUGUGACGACGUUCAGCCGCACAGCGUCCAAGUGCCAGUCGCUUGUCGAGAGAGGUGCUGUGUUGGCUGCGACACCAGCGGAAGUCGCACGUCAAUCGGACGUCCUGUUCACGAUCGUCGGGUAUCCGAGCGAUGUGUGCCAGGUCAUCUUGGGUGAACAUGGAGCGCUGUCGGCAAUGAAACCUGGUGGAAUCAUCGUGGACAUGACAACCAGCGAGCCGAGUUUGGCCAAGGAAAUCUUCAACCAGGCACAGCAAAAGGGCGUGUCGUCCAUCGAUGCUCCUGUGUCGGGGGGCGACAUUGGCGCGAGGGAUGCAACGCUGUCCAUCAUGGCAGGCGGUGAAGUCGACGCCAUUGCACGAGUCCUCCCGUUGUUCAAAUUGAUGGGCAAGAACAUUCGGCACAUGGGCGGCGCCGGCGCUGGCCAACACACCAAGAUGGUCAACCAAAUCUUGAUUGCCACCAACAUGAUUGGCGUCGUCGAGGGCUUGUUGUACGCGCACAAGAGUGGGCUGGACCUGAACGAGGCAAUCGCAGCCGUCGGUGCCGGCGCAGCAGGCUCGUGGUCCAUCAACAACCUCGGGCCACGUAUUGCCAGGCGGGACUUUAAACCUGGGUUUAUGGUCGACCAUUUCAUCAAGGACUUGGGGAUUGCCCUCAAGGAAUCGCAAGCCAUGGGUUUAUCGUUGCCUGGGUUGGCGCUGGCAAACCAGCUCUACGUCGCUGUGCAGGCGCAAGAACAUGGCGGCCGUCUCGGCACCCAAGCGCUUAUGUUGGCGUUUGAGAAGCUGAACAACAUCCAGUCAUAGUGGAAGCAUGUCCAGCGUGAUGGGGAAGCAAACGCCACUGGCAAGCCAUGCCAUCAGCAUUGCCAACACUGCAGCGUCAAAUACAAGCACGUCGGGUGAUGAAUGGUCAU